AAAGAUCACCGAAACGAAAUUUUACAAAUCAACUUUGCAUUGUUCUUUCAUUAACACUCUUUUAAAUAAUUCUCUUCAUAAACAAAGGCAUUAAAAGGGAUAAAAAUAUUGAAUACAUUUGCAGAGAAGCUUCAAAGCAUUGAACUUUGAAUUUUAUUACACGAUGUUAUUAUUUGGAUGUUAAAUAGAUAACCUUCAGUAAAUAAUUCGAAAUACGUUCUUUAUGUUUAUAUUAAUUAUUAUUAGUACUGUAUAAAUUUUUAAGGUGCACGAGGUGUCGUACACGCACGUUGGUUCUGUAGAUCUAAGCUGUAAGAAAAGCUGUACAUUUAAUAUACACAAUGUCUAUACCAAAUUUAGAAGUUUUUCACAAAAGGGCAGCUGCUGCGGAAGAGGAAAUAGCAGCUUUAAAAAAACAAAUCGAGUGGUUACGACAGAGUAUUAUAAACAAUGAUUCCAAAUUACAAACUGUAUCUAAAGAUGAGUAUACGAAACUGGAACAAGAAAAUAUUAAGUUAAAACAUAGGAUAGCUAUCUUGAAAAGGACCAUUGAAGCUGAUAUAGCAAAGACGCAGAAUGAGGUGAAAACGAAUUCGUGUAAUGUAAUAAGUAUAUAUGAUACUUUAUAUAAUUUAUUUGAAAAGGCCAUUUGUACUGCAUAUAAAGAUGUGUCCAAACCUCCAGUGAUUGUAACAAUUAGUAGUAAUCCAAAAUUUGGAGACUAUCAAUGUAAUAGUGCUAUGCCACUUUCAAAACUACUUAAUAAUAAUGGGGUUAAGACAUCUCCAUUAGAUGUUGCAAAAAGUAUAAUGUCUAAUGUAGAAGAAUCCAAUUUAGUUUCUAAAUUGGAAAUAGCAGGUGCUGGGUUUAUAAAUGUGUUUUUAAAACGAGAAUUUGCACAGACAAUAUUAAGUAAUUUAGUGAAAAGUGGUAAAGUUUUACCACCAGAGACCAAAAAACAAAGAGUUGUUGUAGAUUUUUCUAGUCCUAACAUUGCUAAAGAGAUGCAUGUUGGACAUUUAAGAUCUACCAUAAUUGGUGAAAGUACUGCAAGACUACUAGAAUUUUUAGGACACGAUGUGUUGAGAAUAAAUCAUGUUGGUGACUGGGGUACUCAGUUUGGAAUGCUGAUAGCCCAUUUACAAGAUAAAUUUCCUGAUUAUUUAAUUGUAUCACCUCCUAUUACAGAUCUUCAAACCUUUUACAAAGAAUCAAAGAAAAGAUUUGAUGAAGAUCAAGAAUUUAAAACACGUGCUUAUAAAUGUGUUGUUCAAUUACAAAAAUUUGAUCCGGAUAUGAUAAAGGCAUGGCAAUUAAUUUGUGACGUUUCUAGGAAAGAGUUUGAAAAGAUAUAUGUUCGAUUGGAUAUUAAGUUAAUAGAAAGGGGAGAAUCUUAUUACCAGAAACACAUGGAAACUGUGGUUAAAGAACUGGAAGCGAAAGGGCUACUCGAGGAAGAUGAGGGACGAAAAGUAAUGUGGAGUAAACAUGGCAAUGAGAUUCCUUUAACUAUUAUAAAAUCUGAUGGUGGUUUUACAUAUGACACCUCAGACAUAGCAGCUUUGAAACAACGUUUAGAAGAAGAAAGAGCUGAUUGGAUAAUAUAUGUAACAGAUGCAGGCCAAUCUAUGCAUUUUCAAAUCUUAUGCCACUGUGCUGAAAGAGCAGGUAUUUUGAAAAGUUACCACAGAGUGGAUCACAUUGGAUUUGGUGUAGUUCUUGGUCCAGAUAAAAAGAAAUUUAAAACUAGGUCCGGUGACACAGUAAAGUUAAACGACUUACUAGAUGAAGGUUUAAAAAGGGCACUUCAGAAAUUAAAAGAAAAAGAACGUGAUAAAGUUCUCACGGAAGAAGAAUUAAAACAAGCUCAAGAAUCUAUUGCUUAUGGAUGUAUAAAAUAUGCAGAUUUGUCACAUAACAGAAAUCAUGAGUACGUGUUUUCUUUUGAUAAGAUGUUAGAGGAUAAAGGGAACACGGCAGUGUACUUACUGUAUGCUCUUACUAGAAUACGCUCUAUUGCAAGAGCUGCUAAUAUCUCUCAAAAACAGUUACAAGAACAUGCACAAAAUACUCCAAUAUCACUGGAGCAUGAAAAGGAAUGGAAAUUAGCUAAAGUAUUAAUAAGAUUUCCUGAUGUAUUAAUUAAAAUUACAAAAGAUUUGUACUUACAUCAAUUAUGCGAGUAUUGUUAUGAAAUCUCAUGUGCAUUUACCGAGUUCUAUGAUAGCUGCUACUGUGUUGAAAAAAAUGAACAUGGAGAAAUAGUAAAUAUAAAUAUGGGACGUAUGUUAUUGACAGAAGCUACUGCACUUAUUAUGGAAAAAUGUUUUUUCAUACUUGGUUUAAAACCAGUUACACGUAUGUGAAUAUAUUUAUAUAAUUAUAGAAUGUAACCCAAGAAUAAAAUGGAUACAUCCAUUGUAAAGUAUUGCAUAA